AUGAAGAAAGAAUUCGUUUUUUUGUUUGUGGCUUCACUGGCACAACUUGUGACAGCAAAUGAAGAAUGGAUGGAAGGGUGCCACAGCCAGAGUGAAAAAAUUGUCAUUCAUUCGGCUGAUGGCAACUGGAAAAACUUUUCGAGUGAUGUGACGUCUCAUCAGCAUUAUGGGGUCUAUCGAAGGCUCACGUGCAUCGCUGAUCCAGACAAUUUUUCGUUUGUUCGAAUAAACCACAUGAUGGAUUCACCGUCAGAGACAAAAACUAUCAGUUGUGGAUCGAUGCGUAAAUGGUUGUACAAAGGUGAAAUCGUUGUCUCUGUCGGAUGUUUCACGGGUCCACGGGCAAAUCGGAUCCAGAAGCCCGAAAAAGAGGAAAAGAUUCGAAAUUGGAUGGCCGAGUAUCACAGAGAGGACAACUACUACAUGAGAACGGCUUUCGUUGGCUUUGGAGACGAUAACUCUGUGCUGAAGUUUGAGAAUUAUGUGAUAUUUGUGUUUCGUGGGGGCUUUCCGGAGAGAUCAAAGCCGGAUGCAAAAGAAGGAAUCAGAAUCAGAAAGCAAGUCGCCGUUCUACCGGCAGACUAUGUGAAGGCUUAUCGGGAAAGAGAGAAUUUGGCAGAGGACAACUACUACAUGAAAACGGAUGGAGGAACACAAAUCAGAAAGCAAGUCGCCGUUCUACCGGCAGACUAUGUGAAGGCUUAUCGGGAAAGAGAGAAUUUGGCAGAGGACAACUACUACAUGAAAACGGAACUAUGUGAUAUUUGUGUUUCGUGGUGGCUUUCCGGACAGAUCAAAGCCGGAUGCAAAAGAUGGAAUCAGCUGAGGCUUGGCGAUUCGGUGAUCCGAGGGUCAAAGCUUCGACUCCCAACGUCGUUGCUUUCAAGACCCUUU